AUGGACGGCUGCCCUCCGCAGCAGCGGGCAUGCGAUCGCUGCCACAACAUCAAGGAACGCUGCCGAUGGGUUCAUGGCUAUCCCAAAUGCGAUCGCUGCUUUCGUCUCAACCACAUUUGCCAGAAGAACCGCCCUACGAGAAAACGCGGCCGGAGGCCUUUUUCAUCACCUGACGACUCUCCCGUUGGGGGGAAUGACUUCAGGCAGGACGGGUUACAUCGAGACAGGAUUCGAGUCCCGGGCCGACACUACCAGCCUCCCUCCCUGGACUCGAAGGAUACGGGUUACACCUGCCCAGAAGAGAGCUCCGGUGGCGAAGCAUCAAUCACCUCUCGCCCCGGAAACGGCUUGAUGAAGUAUAAUAUCAAGAUGUCGACAGCUGAGACCGAGCAGAUUCGGCAAAUCCUCUUCUCUGACUGUCUGCUCGAAAACUUUAUCCUGGGCCCGAGUUUCUGCGAGAGCAUGCGCCAAUACCUCAUCCCGCGUCUCUUUCUCUCCAAGACUGUGCUCCAGGACGGGUUCCUCGCUGGCGCUUUGUCAUGGACAGGCACAGAGGAAGGUUGCCUCGAGCCUGAUCUGGUCGACGCUUCGUUUCGUCACGCCUCGUCCGCCCUGGCAUCGCUGGGCUCCCUCAAAGUCACCGACUUUGAAACAAUGUCAGAUUGUCUUAUGCUGGGCGUAUCUCUGAUAAAUUUUGCACUGAAACAUCGUGUGAAGGAUGUUCAUACCAUCUGCUGCCAGACCCUGGUACUCAUGAAGCCGUUUUACGAUGUACACCUAUCGGGAGCAUCGGAUCCCUUGGGUCUCUUGACAUGUAUGACUUUGUGGGACAUUAGCGGAUCUGUAUUGCAGUCCAAGAUCCCAACGCUACGGUUUUGCGUGCCGCAAACAUCUACUGACCAGCACGUUGAUCGUUAUUUGGGCAUUUGCGUGUCCCUGAUCCCCCUUCUGCAAGACAUUUGCGAAAUCAGCGCGGCACUGCUCUGUGUCGACGCUGAUGACGCUCAAGGAAUUUUUCAAACGUGGCAUGAGCUCGAAGACAAGGUUCAACAGUGGCGUCCAGCAACGUCACAGGACCUGCACCGCCUAUUCAAUGCCAUCGAGGUUUCCCACAUGCUGUGCCAGGCUCAAGUCUGGCAACAGGCUGCGCUGCUUAUCCUUCAUCGUUUGCGACAUCCAUAUGGCACCAAUGACGAACCAGCGCGGGUCCUUUCCAAGGCCAUUCUCACAAACCUAGAUAUGAUACAUCUUUGCACGAGAAAAGCUGUCAAGCACGUCGAACUGGCCUUUCUCGUGGCCUGUCUCGAGGUUGAAGCCAGGCAACGUCGCCAAUGGCUUCAAAAAGUGCGGGUUUUGGUCGGCUACUCGGCCCAGUUUCAAAAGGACAUGCAAGACACCAUCACUUCAAUCUGGAGAGCUCAAGAUCGUUGCAAAACAAUGUCUUGGGGAAGUUUAAGUAUAUUCAGCUCAGGGUUCUUGAGAAGUCCGACAGUACAGAUAUAG